UCUCAUGGCAAGCGGUUACAAGGAGAAUCCGUUCGCCGAUGAAGAAAUUAACCCAUUUGCGAAUUCCCGGGGUGCCCCACAAGCAUCAAACUCACAGCUUUCCCCUCUUCCUCAUGAACCUGUUGACUAUGAUCAUAGUGCUACUGUUGAUAUUCCCCUUGGUAACUCCCAGGAUUUAAAGAAGAGGGAGAAGGAGCUUCUAGCUAGGGAGGCUGAACUGAAAAAGAGGGAAGAGGAACUGCAAAGGAAGGAGGAUGCCAUUAAACGAGCUGGGAUUGUAAUUGAGGAAAACAAUUGGCCUCCGUUCUUUCCUGUCAUUCACCAUGACAUUGCAAAUGAAAUUCCAAUCCAUCUACAGAGGUUGCAGUACGUGGCAUUCACAACAUAUUUGGGACUUGUUCUCUGUCUUUGCUGGAAUUUUGUAGCAGUUACCUGUGCUUGGUUGAAGGGAGAAGGUGUAACGAUAUGGUUUCUUGCUAUAAUUUACUUGAUAUCAGGUGUCCCAGGAGCCUAUGUUUUCUGGUACCAACCUCUUUAUCGUGCAAUGAGGACUGAUAGUGCAAUAAGGUUUGGGCAGUUCUUCGUGUGUUAUUCGAUCCACAUUGGGUUCUGUGUUGUUGCUGCUAUCGCACCUCCCAUCUUCUUCAAGGGGAAAUCUUUGACUGGCAUGUUGCCUGCACUUGAAGUUUUAACAGACAGUAUUUUUGUUGGGAUCUUCUACCUCAUAGGAUUUGUACUCUUCUGCAUUGAAUCACUGAUAAGCAUAUGGGUCAUUCAGCAAGUUUUCUCCUAUUUCCGGGGAAGUGGCAAAGCGGAACAGAUGAAGAGGGAGGCUGCAAGAUCGACUAUGAUGGCAUCGCUAUAACUUGGCACCGAGCUGCAUGGUGGUUGGACUUGUCGGCUCUGCGCUUUGAAUUCUUUGAUUAACUUUGUUGUUUUCAUCCCUUCAAUCCAUGAAUCUGAAAUAGAUCAGGUGUUUUGUUGGUUAACUAGAGAUAGCUUAUGGGGUGGUAGUCUGGUAGAGACAGUAUGUGUUAGUCCUUUUGCUUCAAACUUUUUUGAACAAGAAUCACAAAUAUUACCUCAAAUGUAACUCACAUUCUUGUUUUA